GAAGCUUUCUUAUAAAGCUGGAGAUGGUGUUGACAUUUUUGCACCCCCGUCCCAGCACCUUGGUUCCUCCCACAGUGCUGACUUAGAGGAACGUUGGGUGAUCCCAUUUCUGGGUUGCGGGUGAGAUCCACUUGGUCCCUCCGGCGAUGGGUGGAGUCUUGGCCUGGAGAGGAACUGGGUCUUCGGUGUAUCCGGUCCCCAGUGCCCUGAUCAGUUGAGUUCUGGCGGUACUAGUCCUCAUCAGACUGCCUCGUACCUCUUGCAUCUUUGUUCUGUCCUUCCAGCUGCUGGUGCAGUUAGGCCUGGUCAGCAACCCACAAUGCCGCUCCCUGUUGCAUUGCAGACCCGCUUGGCGAAGAGGGGCAUCCUCAAACAUCUGGAGCCCGAGCCGGAGGAAGAGAUCAUUGCGGAGGACUAUGAUGAUGACCCUGUUGACUAUGAGGCCACCCGGAUAGAGGGUCUGCCACCCAGCUGGUACAAGGUGUUUGACCCUUCUUGUGGGCUCCCUUACUACUGGAAUGUGGACACAGACCUCGUGUCAUGGCUCUCACCACAUGACCCCAACUUUGUCGUUUCCAAAUCUGCCAAGAAACUCAGAAACAGUAACGCAGAUGCUGAGGACAAGUUGGACCGGAAUCAUGAGAAAGUGGACCGAAAUCACGAGAAGCCAGACCGAAAUCACGAGAAGCCAGACCGAAAUCACGAGAAGCCAGAUAGGGGCCAUGACAAGGCAGACAGAAGCCAUGAUAAAUCUGACCGGGAUCGAGAGCGGGGCUAUGACAAGGUAGACAGAGAGAGAGAUCGGGACAGGGAACGAGAUCGGGACCGUGGGUAUGACAAGGCAGACCGGGAAGAUGGUAAAGACCGGCGCCACCAUCGCAGAGAGGAGCUGGCUCCUUACCCCAAGAGCAAGAAGGCGGCGAGCCGGAAAGAUGAAGAAUUAGACCCUAUGGACCCCAGCUCAUACUCCGAUGCACCCCGGGGCACAUGGUCAACAGGACUACCCAAGAGGAACGAGGCCAAGACAGGCGCUGACACCACAGCAGCUGGGCCUCUCUUCCAGCAGCGCCCAUACCCCUCCCCGGGGGCUGUGCUCCGCGCCAAUGCUGAGGCCUCCCGAACCAAACAGCAGGACUGAGCUCUCUUGCCUGCAGCUUUGGUACCUUGCCUUUCUGUCUUUCUUCUUUGUGAUUCUGACGAUAGGACCCAGAGCUUUGCGUAUGCUGAAUAAUUAUUUCACAAAUGAGCUACACUCCUGGUCUCCUUAUUGUUUUUAAUAAAAGCUUUGUUGUGUGUGGGCAUCAUGUC